AGACGUCGCUGUGGGCGAGUUUAGCACACUGUGGAGCUCGGACGUUGAUGUGCUUUGACUAAAAUUUCAAAACAGGACUUCACAGAACACCCAAAAGUUUGCCCUGAAGUGACAUAAUGGCAGAGGCAGCAUUCGCGUCUGACCUCAGGAUUCUGGUGUUUGGAAAGAGACAAUCUGAAAAGACAACACUAUGCAGCUUCAUCACACGGCAGAAAGAUAGUCUUUAUCAGAAAAUGUCAAAGCAAAGUACCGUCACGUAUGGAGAACUGAGGGGGAAAAAAUUCACAGUGGUGGACACGGCAGACGUCUUCGGUCUGCCUGUGGACAGAGUGAGAAAUGAGAUGAAGAAGUGUGUUGUUCUUUGCCCUCCUGGACCAAACGUGCUCCUGCUGUUAGUGAAACCGUCUGAUUUCAGUGUGGACGACAGGCAGAAAUUUAAGUUCAUCCUGAGUUUCUUUGGUGAUGACGCCUUUAAAUACUUGAUGGUCAUCCAAACACAAACUUGGACGGUGCAGAAUUCUUCCAUUAACCAAGUCAUCCGAGACUGCAGACAAAGAAAGCUCAGCAUUAACCUUGAGAGAAACGGUCCUGAUGAAUGUGAUUAUCAAGAACUGAUUGAUGAGAUGGAGAAGAUAGUGAGUGACAACAAAGGAGGACAUCUUAACUGCACCGAAGGAGCUGAUCUCAUGACGACAUCUGAGACCUCGAAACCUCCUCUGAACUUAGUGUUGUGUGGAAGAUUUGGAGCGUGGAAGACUUCAGUGGUGAAUGCCAUUCUGGGAGACAGAAACUUUGGUCCACUUGUCAACUCAUCAAAGUGUGUUAAGACUCUGGGAGAGGUGUGUGGACGUCGAAUUUCCCUGGUGGAGCUUCCUGCUCUGCACGGAAAAUCUCAGGAGGCAGUGAUGGAGGAAUCAUUCAGGUGUGUCUCCCUCUGUGAUCCUGAGGGCGUCCACGCCUUCAUCCUGGUCCUACCUGUUGGUCAAAUCACUUAUGAGGACAAGAAAGAGUUGGAGACCAUCCAGAACGCCUUCAGCUCUCGAAUGACUGACUUCGCCAUGAUUCUGUUCACCGUCAAGUCAGAUACUAAUUCUCCAGCUGUCGUGAGAUGCCUGAAGGAGAAUAAGCACAUCCAGGAGCUCCGUCAGAGCUGUGGAGAUCGAUAUUUUGUCUUUGAUCUUAGGGACAAGCAGCAGGUCUCUCAUGUGUUGCACACAGUCGAACAGAUGAGAGCUGGUCAAUCCAGAUGCUUCACAAAGGAAAUGAUGGCUGAGCCGCAGGUGAAUGAGGGCGCAAUCCAAAAAUCUGUACCGAAGAUAGAAAGUUUUAAACCUCAGAGCAAAGAGUGUCUCCGGAUGGUGCUGAUUGGGAAGACUGGAUGUGGAAAGAGCGCCACUGCAAACACUAUUUUGGGCCGAGAAUGCUUCACGUCCAAAGUCAGUCCAAGGUCGGUGACCGUGCUUUGCCGGAAAGAAACAGGAGAGGUUGAUGGACGGCCCGUCGCCAUAGUCGACACCCCCGGUUUGUACGACACGACCCUGUCCAACGAGGAAGUCCAACAAGAGCUUGUGAAUUGUGUCAGCAUGUUGUCUCCUGGACCUCAUGUGUUCUUGUUGGUGCUGCAGAUCGGCCGCUUCACACAAGAGGAGAGAGACACCGUGGCACUGAUCAAGAAGUUUUUUGGCAAGAAGUCAGAAGACUACAUCAUUCUGGUUUUCACCCGAGGUGAUGAACUCCAUGAUGUGUCCUUUGAGAGUUAUGUAAGAGCAGAUGUUUUUGAAAACCUGUUGGCUGACUGUGGAGGAAGAUACCAGGUCUUCAACAACAAGGACAAGAAUCGCUCUCAAGUCAGAGAGCUACUGAGAAAAGUCGAAUCAAUGGUGACCAGAAAUGGUGGUGGCUGCUACACCUCUGAGAUGUUCCAAGAGGCCGAGACAGCCAUACAAAAGGAGGUGAAGAGGAUCCUGAAGGAAAAGGAAGAUGAAAUACAGAGAGAGAUGAUGGAUGUUGAAAAUAAGCAUAAAGAGGAAAUGCAGGUAAAGAAAGAGGAACUGGAAAAACAAAGAACGAAAGCUGAACAAGAAAGGGAGCUGAAAACCAAACUGCUCAAAGAAAAGGUAAAAAGCAUUAGGAAGGAGCAGGAAAAGAUAAAGAGAGAAGAAGAAGAGAGAAAAGCAGAGAAACAGGAGACAGUACGACUGGAGGAUCAACAGAGAUGGCAUGAGAAGCAAGAACAACUUGAAAAGCUACGACAAAAACACGAGCUGGAAAUCAAAAGACUCAGAGACAAAAGGAAAGAAGACGAUAUAAUCAGGAGAGAACAUGAGGAAAAAGAAUGUAGAGCGUUAGAGGAGCUCUAUAUGAUGAGGAGGGAGGGCAUAAAGAAGAAAAAUGAAGACAAGGCCAGAAAGCAAGCGGAAAAAUCCAAUGAAUACACGCACAUGUAUGCCAUUUGUGCUGAUAUGGGCAUGUCCAAACAGGAAGAGAAGGAUCUGAGGCAGAGGAAACAAAACAAAACUGACUUUUUGCAAGACCAGCUGCAGAGAAACAAAGUAUACGAGAGAGGCCUUUUGGAUCUGACGGAAAAACACGAAGAAGAAAUUAAUAAUCUGAUGAUUCGCUUCAACAGCAGAGAGCAUCUUAAAGAAGAAAUCGCAAAGCUCAAGAAAAAACAUGAGGAGGAAACACAUACCUGGAUACAGGGACACAUGAAGGAACCAGACAAAAAAAACAAGCAAAACAACCCUUGUAGCAUUUUAUGAGCUGGUUUUGUUUCCUAGAAAGAGCCACAGUUAAAGCUGCAAGACUGUGAGCUUUUAUUUUGGUGAUUAAAAAUACGAAGUGAAUUUAUUUCUUUUCAUAUUAAACUGGUGUAAAUGGGCUAUGUCACAUUU